AUGGAAAUCACCCUGGCAUCCCUGCCCAACGAGCUCCUCCUGCAAAUAUGCAGAAGUCUCGCGAGCAGCACCGAUCUGUCGAAUUUCCGCUUAGUCUGCCGCCUUUUUGGCGAAAUUGGGCUCCCUGUCCUAGGCAAAAGAGUGACUUUUGCGCUGCUGCCCGAGAGCAUUAACCGACUGCGCGACAUAUCCUCAGAUCCUUUUUUCAGGCGCCAUACAUCUACGAUCGUUUGCUUGAUGAACGUGUUUUAUCCUUACAGUAACUUUAGGACUUGGAAGCAUUCUAUGACAAGACCGUUGAUCCUUGGGCAUUAUAGACCGGAAAUAGCCGGCCUUUCAGAGGACGACUGGACCGAGAGCAUGCUGCAUUACAAUGCACUGCUAGAUGCCCAAGAUGAAGCUUUCAAGGCCGUGGGGACUUCACAAGACAUCCAGAUUGCUUGUCGGCGCUUCAUUAAUUUGCAGAAUUUGGUUAUUCAAGACGCCCGAGGCUUCCGGCCAGACCAUCUGCGCAGCAACCAGGCUUACCGAUUUCUUCGUCAAAGGCAUGGUACUUUGGCACAAUGUUCUGUCUUGCCAGUUUACGAUUUUAGCGCCUUUCCGCACAAAAUCGCCCUUCCUGGUGCUUACUUGUUAUCAUCGUUAUUAGGCGCUACUACUGAGUCUCAACUGAAGACUCUACAAGUCGAUGCACUCGCUCUCGAAGUUUUUGAGGAGGAAGAUGAGGUCCACUCCCAGAUAAGGAAAAGCACCCGGAAUCUCCACAUGCUGAAACUAUGCAUCUUGGCCGGAAGUGAAGACGUUGAGAAGGAGAGGGCCGACCGAAUUCUGUCCCAGAACCGACUCAAGAAUUUACUAUGCUCAGCUCCCCAUCUCGAAAAAUUGGAAGUCCAGAUCAAAGGUGCAUUUUUUGGGACUGGGAUUUAUUACGCCCAUUCAGCUUAUAUUCUGCCGAGAGAGUACACAUGGCAUCAAAUACGAAGGCUCCGCUUCUCGCAGGUUGAAUUCUUGACAUCCGGUUUCUUGGAUUUCCUUGGCUUCCAUGGACACACCCUUGAAGAUUUUGGACUAAGAGAUUGCGCAAUUGUCGGACCCCCUCCUAUACAAGGCCUACAACCCCAGCGAUGCUUUUGGUCAGAUAUUCUCAUCCCUCUCACCACCACCUACUCCCUUGAAACCCUCUCGCUUUCUGGCUGGUUCACAGUGCCUUCUUUCUUCGAGCAGGAUCAGAACCAGGAAACUAGGACCCUCCGCGCCAUGAACAUGGAGCAUGAUAGAGUCAAGGAUGUCACUCUCUGUGUGGGCGAAGUAAUCGAGAUGGUUGUCUGCUCGAAGGCUUUCAGCUCUUUUUUACAAGGUGAAGUGGGAAGACGGAACGGCCUAGCUAUGGACACCGACAGGAGCGUUAUCGAAGGUCUAGCUGUCGAGAUCAAGGAAGGCAUUAUCCGGGAUUUGAUGGACCGCGAGCCAGUCAGACCCUCGGAGUCAGUACCCGAAGCCGUCCCAACAAGAUAUUCGAGUUACCUCAAUUUGUUUACACAGCUUGAGUCGGGGUCGUUAUAG